AUGGUUGCUUCCAUGAAUUACGGCACCUUUAUCUUCUUCGGAAUCAUCUGUUUCCUUGCCGCCGCCUUCAUUUUCUUCAUGGUUCCUGAGACCAAGGGCCUUACCCUGGAAGAGAUGGAUGAGGUCUUCGGUGACGAGGCUGGUAACGCCGCCGACGACCGCGCCAGACUCGACAGAAUCUACACCGAGCUUGGUCUCAUGGAUGGAGGCGACCACCCCAUGAACAGCGAGAAGAUGGGUGGCGAGAAGAUUGCCGCUAUUGACAUUAUGAACACUGGAGGUUACAAGAACGUCACCUUCCCUGUGGGAGCCACUGGCAUGUAA